UGGCGGGUGCUCAUGAGAUCCAACUCGCUCAGUGCAAACCGCUGGGUGCAUACCGUGCUCUCACUGAAGCAGCUUGGUCAGCAACAAUGGCUCGAACGUCCAAAGUCUACAAGUCGAAGUGUUGGGCAAAUUUACUGAUGCAAUCGACAUAGAGUUUUACCUACCCGUUUCACCACUUGCACAACGUCAAAAAGCUCUCCUGACUAAGAGCAAUUAACCUGUAACGUUCAACACCAGUAUAAACGCUCAGUUGUAGUACGCAUAAACAGAAUGGGAGCUGUAUGGUAACAUCCACCAUACCUGAGGGCGAGUGAAAGUAAUAGUAGUUGACAAAUCCCACAAUGCAACGCGCGCCUUAACUCAAGACCUUUGUUACGAACAUACUAUUGGGUGAUGUUGCUCUUACAUACUUUUGGAUCGUACUUAAAUUUGGACUAUGUAACACAGCGUGCGUGUUUCAUUAUUAUCCCAAUAGUUUACUCAACGUUUCCUUCUAUAUGUCAAAAUUUACGCAUUGCUUUUAAGACAUAUUUGUUUGUCCUUUCAUUUACAGAAGCCCUACAUCGCAAACAGUCCAUGCACCAUACAACCAUCAAAUCAUUGAAGAUGCUGAAUUCACGAAAACACUGUUGGACAGCAUUACUAGGGCUUAUACUGAUGGUAUCUCUGGCAGAAGGAGAGCGUUUACGCCAUGGGAAGAGGUCUGACAUUAGUUGCUGGCCUAACUACUACAAAGCCAGGACCAGUUCGGGAAAUCUGGAAUGUAUUCGCUGUCCUUCGGGGUGUGAUCCAGGGACUACCAUUGUGACCCAGUGCGGGUUCGGGAUACCACAGACUUGUCGGCCAUGUGAGCCCACCCCCGGGAAGACAUGUGCUUCAGGCAUAGAGAGAUCAUGUGUACUGUGCAAUAUCUACGGACGCACGGUAAAGGAGGAGUGUAACAUCUACAACCAGACAAGAUGUGGCGGUUGUAGAGAGGGCUUUUAUGAAAACUUGGAUGAUCCCAAGAUCGGCAACACACGAUACUGCCGAAAGUGCACGCCAGCGGACACCUGGCGAAAUCAAUGCCAAAAGCAGACCAUGGUUACCGUAACAACAUCUGUAACCCCAGCUAAAUCAACAACAUCUGAGAAGAUAGCCAUAAUGUACGAUACCGUCGAAAAUAGUAUACAUGAAGUAAAGCCCUCAACAAGCUCGGGUUUAUUCAUGAAGCAGCGCCAAUCAACCAAGGCAACCAAAAAAGCGGAAGAUAAUUCAGUAGGAUGGGGAGCCAUUGGCGCUGGGUUUGUCACCACUCUUCUGAUCGUCCUCCUGUUUGCCUACUUCGUGUACCGAUAUCGUUCAUUUGAUGAACAAAAGAAAACGGCGGACAUAGAGAUGGCAACCCUUCCGAAAGGUGUAGACAUGGCAGAGGACGAUGUAGUGAACAAGUCUGCUUCACUUUUCCAGUGCAACCCUGUCUGUGCAGAUAUGUCACCAAACGACGGAGAUCUUCCACCAGGCAGCUGUGGCCAUGGUGUGGUUCAUGUUCCCACGGUUAACGAAUACGACAGGCUUUUCAAGGAGGGGAAGGAGGUUGGAAAAGACAUGCCCAUAGAGGAACGUUUAACACUCGACAUGCAGCAGGCUAUAGCGUCAGUAAUCAACCAGCGCCCAGCCCUCCCCGGCGGCCCUGACUACAAGAACGUCUUCAUCGACUUGGGUGUUAAAGAAGCCCGAGUCUUAGCGGCUAACGCCACGUGUAUAGCUGACCCGUCCGAAGCCCUGUUCAGAGUGCUGUUGGCAGAAUCGUCUGCCCGGGAAAUCAAGAUGGCGGACAUCAUCACGACCUUGGACAAAUACAAGUUCUAUGACCUUGUUAAGGACAUUUGCAGAGAGAUCACAGUCCAGAAUAACUAAUGUAACAAACCAAACCAAAUCAAGUUUUGUAGGGCGAACGUAAUAUAAGAAUUAUUAUAUAUAAGAAUCCUUAAGAAUUAUAGUACCUGAGACAAACAAAUGAAUAUAAGAUUCAUAAAUCAUAUAAGAAAUAGAGCAAUAAGUCCAGGUGUUGCCAUACCUUGUUUACAAAAUAUACAAAACUACGAUGUAGCUUAAACGUCUGUAGGCAAUGGCACUUUUAGCUUAUGAUGUAAAUAAUAUUGAAAUAGAUCUUGAUAGAUUUUGCUGAUGUGAACUGCAUGAUUGUACAGAGUGUUGAACCUGUUUGAUCGAUUGAUUGAUUGCUUCUCCUAUAGAUUUUAAAUGAGGGCUUGCGUGCCAUGUACCAUUUUGUGUAAUUAUUAGUCCAUAUCUGAGUAAUGUAGUUACAUCUGUACAGCUCUAUCUUUGACUUUAUUUGUGCAACAGUAUUGGGAUAUUUUACACCUUAUAAAGCACUUGCCAUGCCUGUAGCAUAGACCUAUGAUCAGUAUGUACAUUGAAUAAACUAUUGUCCCAGAAGAGAAGUCGUUGUUUAAAAAAUAUUCACCAGCCAACAUUGAGAUCUUAGUCACCAGACAACAACGUUAACGACACCAUUACUCGCAACCUAACAAGCUUGAUACUAGCAGAGACAAAUACAAUACUAGUAGGUUGUUGGCCAUGUGUUGGAUGGUGUAUGCUACGUGGCUUGUUCUGUCAACUAAAGCAGGGUAUUGUUUACAUUCAACUGCGGACACGACAACAUUUCCCUGUGUACAAACCUGUAUGCGAUUACAACAUUGUCGUGGCUGAACUUGAACCAAUUCAGUCUUUGAUAGAAUGAUCACAGUAAGUUCUUUCCACAUCGUAUAAAUCAUCUUGGCUAAU